AUGAAUCCGCGGUUAAAAAAGAAUGGUUUUGAAAUGCAGGUGGAGAAGCUGUUGGAGAACAGGUCUCCCCUGCUGAAGAAAGGGAUAUCCCUCCAACCUUUUCAACCCAAAGAAAGCGCUCUUCUCACCCCACUAAAGAAAAACGACGUAGAGAUCCCACUGAUUCCUGGGACCACAGGAAGCGAAGCAAAGCCUACUUUGCUGCUGUAUGAUUUGGCCAAUGACCAACACAAGGAGAAGGACGUUUACAAGUACAUUGAAAAGAACAGGAAGAAAUCUGUGACUGUCCUCUAUGGGACAUCUGGAGCUGGAAAGACCCGCUCUGCACUCGAGUAUCUGAGCCUCAACAAGGGUAUAUACCUAACAGCCACAACAAGAAACAACAGGGAUUCUGGCUCUGAGGAUCUAGAUGUGGAUAUGGUGCUCGGUGGUCUCCCCACUCUUUCUCGAUUCAACGAUGACGACGAGACGAAGAAAGCAAAGGCAAAGGGCAACUUGCAGAGGGUCCUCCUAAAGUUGAGAGCCAUCUUGUAUAUUCGGAAAGCCAUCCACGAUAGAUUGGAACGAGUAGGUUCACUGUCUCCGCUGAAUUGGCUGUUGGUACAGCUGUACCCCACCUACUUUUUCGAAUGUGAUAUCUUCCUCGACAUCUACAAUGGUUGCAAGGACUUUGUCACCGAAGCGACAGUGGAUGAUCGCAUUGUUGGGAGGCAAAAACCCGAUUGGAAAGCUAUUGUAGUGGACGAAUCGCGGCAGCUUCAAAGAAAUGGACAUGAGAACUUUAUGAGCUCCGAUGGGAAAGGAACUCGCUCCGCCUACUCGGCUGAGAAUAUGGAUGUAGAGUCAGCGGCAGCAGUUGCCAAACAAGCAUUGGAAGACAUCGCUUCAUUCGAUGAGUUCCGGCCACUAGAUGAACAGGUAGUGGAACAAUAUCUGGAAACCUUUUUGGAUCUCACCAAUAUCCGGAAUGCUGUCAAGAAACACAUCGCACGGUGGCUUGUGGGGCGACCACGUUGGGCGGCAAAUUAUAUGGAAGAAUUCUUGUGGCGGUCUCUCAAGCCCCCCCCUGGUUCGAGGAAGGCUUUCACGGAUCAUGAGAAACGGGUCGUUGAAGCUAUUGAUAGGUACAUUGAUUACAUGACAAAAAGCCCGGGCGAAAGAAGGUUAUCCUACACAGGAAACACCACUGCUUACACUUCGAUUGACCGAUUUAUAUCAAGACAAAAGGGACUUGGUACCCCAGGUCAAGCAUUGCGACAAGCAAUAUACAAAUAUGCCGUGGGCGGACAAACAACACUGAUGAGCAAGCAUGUAGCAGAGCUUGUCGAAGUUGGUUUUGCCGGAUUGUGGACCAAGCAGAACAGUCCGGAGGGCACCAUUUACCAAGUUGUCAUUGGUGAACCCAUAGUGGUGCAAGCUGGUGCGGAAUUUUUUGGCUUGGAGGAUAUGACUACGUGGUCCCUAUAUUUGCAAGAAAAUGCAUCUGCUCAGGGCUUUGCUUUUGAGAAAUGUUCUUUGGUUCCUAUUCGUACCAAACUAGAGGCCUUGGUGAAAAAUGAGUACACCGAAAAGCUGGAUGGCUUCGUGAUAUCUCAGAAGUCCUCUUAUGGUGCGUUUGCACAGAUUUGUGCAUCUCCAUCAGAUGUCAUGAAAUGGAUUCACAAUGCGGUGGAUGCAGAAUUGGAAGGGGCGGUACCACCUUUUUGCUUUCCAGAUGUUUACAUGGGGCCUGAUGUUCUGACUCUCAUGUGGAACGCUGGCUACACAGAGUUUGUCUCCUCUUUUGUCCAAAUAAAGUACGAGAAGAAAACAAAACAGGCAAAAGCUGUGGGGACACUUAUUCCAGCUUUGUUUUUUAUGUGCGCAAACGUGGUACCAACGAUGAGAGUUCGAACUUCAAGAAGGAUCCCAACAAGCAGCAGAAAUGGGAAACUGCUAAGAGCAAGCUAG